CUUAAUUGGGGUGGAUGGCCGUAUUCAAUUCAUAGGUGACGUGUCUGUCAGUAUUUAUGUUAAAAAUUCUGUCAGGGAUUUUUAAGAAAAAAAAAUGAACGCCUUUAAGCGUGAUAAAAAAGAAGAGGAGGAUGGGGGUGGAAAUCCAUUUCAAAAUUUGGAGAAAACAUCAGUUCUCCAAGAGGCGCGUACAUUUAAUGACACAUCUGUCAAUCCACGUAAAUGUGCACAUAUUUUGACGAAAAUUUUAUAUUUACUAAAUCAAGGAGAACAACUUGGCAGUACAGAAGCGACAGAAACAUUUUUUGCAAUGACAAAAUUAUUUCAAUCACGCGAUGUUGUAUUACGUCGUUUAGUUUAUUUGGGAAUUAAAGAAUUGAGUUCAAUUGCUGACGAUGUUAUUAUUGUUACUUCAAGUUUAACAAAAGAUAUGACGGGAAAGGAGGAUCUUUACAGAGCUGCUGCUAUUAGAGCAUUAUGUACAAUAACGGAUGCUGGAAUGUUGGCGGCAAUUGAACGAUAUAUGAAACAGGCAAUUGUUGAUCGUUCACCAGCAGUAUCGAGUGCUGCAUUAGUAUCAUCGUUACAUUUAACAAAAGUAUCAAAUGACGUUGCACGAAGAUGGGCAAAUGAAGCACAAGAAGCAUUAAAUUCUGAUAAUGUUAUGGUACAAUAUCAUGCACUUGGUGUAUUAUAUCAAGCGCGUAAAUCCGAUAAACAUGCUGUUAUUAAAUUAGUUGGUAAAUUAAUGCGAAGCAGUCAAAAAAGUCCCUAUGCAUCAUGUUUAUUAAUACGUAUGGCUUGUAAAUUAUUGGAAGAAUUAGAUAAUGAUGGUGGUGGUGAAUUAUUGGAUUUUGUUGAAUCUUGCCUACGUCAUAAAUCAGAAAUGGUUGUAUUUGAAGCGGCGCAUGCACUUGUUAAUUUAGGACGUAGUGGUACACGUGAAAUACAACCAGCAAUAUCGGUAUUACAAUUAUUUUGUGGUUCACCAAAACCGGCAUUAAAAUUUGCCGCUGUACGUUCAUUGAAUAAAGUUGCAAUGACACAUCCUGGUGCAGUGACAGCGUGUAAUUUGGAUUUGGAAAAUUUAAUAACCGAUUCAAAUAGAUCAAUUGCAACAUUGGCUAUUACAACAUUAUUGAAAACUGGUGCCGAGAGUUCCGUUGAUCGUCUUAUGAAACAAAUUGCCACAUUUGUUUCAGAAAUAUCGGAUGAAUUUAAAGUUGUCGUUGUACAGGCUAUUAGAGCGCUUUGUCAGAAAUUUCCUCGUAAGCAUGCGGUUUUGAUGAAUUUCCUCUCGGCAAUGUUAAGAGACGAAGGUGGUUUGGAAUAUAAGGCAGCAAUUGUCGAUACAAUUAUUGCAGUAAUGGAGGGUAAUUCAGAGGCAAAAGAAGCGGGUCUUGCGCAUUUAUGUGAAUUUAUUGAGGAUUGUGAACAUACAUCGUUGGCAGUGAGAAUUCUUCAUUUAUUGGGACAAGAGGGACCAACAUCGAAACAACCAUCGCGUUAUAUACGUUUUAUUUAUAAUCGUGUUAUAUUGGAAAGUGCAAGUGUUAGAGCAGCUGCUGUCACGGCAUUAGCACAUUUUGCCGCUGCAUGUCCACAAUUAUUGCCAAAUAUUCUUGUACUAUUGGUACGUUGUCAAUUAGAUUCUGAUGAUGAGGUACGCGAUCGUGCAGCAUAUUAUUGUUCAAUUUUACAAGGACAACAUGAUCCAACAAUUAUACCACUUGUUCAACCGCCAUUACUUUCGAUUCCAAGUCUUGAGAGAGCGUUGAGAAAUUAUUCACGUUCAUCAAUGGAGGAGGCUUUCGAUAUAUCUGAAAUACCAACAGCGCAAAUAAUUGAGGAACCAAUACCAACGGAAAUUCAUACAGCAAUUAAACAACAGACGCCAAAAUUGUCGCGCGAAGAAAGCUUUAUGGAGAAAUUGUCACAAGUACCGCAAUUAAUGAUGGCGAUAAGAAAUGCAACACUUUUUAAAUCGUCACCAGUUGCUGAAUUAACAGAAUCGGAAACUGAAUAUAAUGUGAAAUGUGUAAAGCAUACAUUUUCCGAAUAUCUUAUAUUACAAUUUGAUUGUUUAAAUACAUUGUCUGAUCAAUUAUUGGAAGAUGUGAAAGUUGCAGUUGAGCCACCUGAAGGAUAUACAUUGGUGUGUGAGAUACCUUGUCCAAAAUUAACGUACAAUGAACCUGGUAUCACUUAUACGGUUCUAAAAUACCCCGAGGAUGUACAAUCGAGCGUUACAUCGAUUCCAACAACUUUGCGUUUUAUGGCUCGUGAUUGUGAUCCAACAACUGGUGUACCAUACGCAGAACAAGGAUACAGUGAUGAAUAUAUGUUGGAGGAUUUGGAAAUAACAUUAGCUGAUCAAAUGCGCGGUGCAGGUGGAAGGGGCGUUGAUUUUAAUGCUGUUUGGGAAGCGGCUGGUACACGUGGAUUUAUCACUGUUGAUGAGACAUUUGCAUUGGGUGCAACGGUAACAACAGUUGAUGAGGCAAUUCAACGUUUAGUUGGUUUCUUAGGUUUAGAAUCAGCCGAACGUGGUGAUCGUGGACAAUCGGGAGCUAUUGAAUUUACAGCAUUACGAGGAAUAUUUCGUGGUGGUAAAGAAAUUUUUGCACGCGCAAAAUUUGCCUUAGCUGAAGGACAAGUUACAAUGCAAUUAUCAGUUAGAUCGCAAGAUCCCGAUGUUGCUGAAUUAAUACUUUCAUCCAUAGGAUAAAUAGAAUUAGAAAUAAAAAAAGAGAAAAUUGUACAGCCUGGAAAGUAGGAGCAACAUUUUAUUAUUAUUAUUAUUAUUAUUAUUAAUAUUAAGGAAUUUUCAAAUUAAAUAAAAUGAAAUUCGUUUUUCUCAA